GGAUGACAGUCCCGAGCGUCUUCAUCCUGUGCUUCCUCUCCUUCGUUCAGAUCCCUUUCCUGGGCCUGCUGUACUUCUGCAACGGCGCGGGCGCCGACGGCAACCUCCCGCGCGGGUAUCCGACGCUCCUGGCGAUCACCUCCAUCACGUGGCUCGGUUUCCCGUGCUGGUGGUUCCUGUCCUUUGAGGGCGCGGGCUACAUCCAGGACACCAAGCUCAACGGCUUGGGAUUCGUGUGCCUCAACAUGAUCAGCAAGGGCUCGUUCACGAUGCAGAUGCUGUCCAUGGUCAGGCGGUGGAGGCGCGACUUCGGGGACAGCGGAUUUGGGCGGCAGACCACGGAAGAUUCUGCUGUUGCGGAACUCCGGAAUGAUUCGCCUCGCAGCAACAAAACCGAGAAGUCCGCGGAUUGGAUGAUCGAUAUUCUGAAGAGUUGGGAUUUGGGUGACGAGGAGAAGCUGCAUCGGGUCCCAGCAGUGGACUCCAAGAUGCAGGCGCCGCCACCCGAGAAGACGAUUAUAUUUGACACGACUUGCUUGACCGAUGAGGUGCUUGUCGCGGAGCUGGCAAGGAGGAUCAACUUGAGCGCCGUGGGCAAUACCGACCUCAUCGUCGGCAAGCCCCUCGACCCCCAGGCUCUCUUCAUGCAGGCGCUGGACAAAGAGAUAAGCAUGGCGUGCUCGAAGUUCGUCGAGGAGGACGACGAGGACGAGGAGUGAGAACGCGGUCGGUCACACAUCGGGGCUCCAUUUCUCCGGGAACGCCACACCCAUCCUGGCCGAGCCAGGAAAUUCUUCCUCCUUGCGUAUCCCCACCAGAGGAGGAGGAGGAGUCUCCCGCUCACUCUGAUUGGAGAUCGAAAUAUGCGAACAGCAGUAUAGUGUUUACCUCACGAAGGCGGCUUGCCCUGGCACGGGGCCUGGCGAGCGACUUGCCCCGGCACGGGGCCUGCAUUCGGCGAAGAAGUCGAUUGCGCUUUGUAUUCUUUUUGUUCUGGCCCCUCGGCCUAACGAGGCCUCGGAGCAUUGAACGAUCAUGCCCGGUGUAACUAUAUUCACGCAUCGUCUGUAUCGACGCUGAAUUCUUUCAGGCAUGGAUCAGGGCGAAAUUGCCCUACACCCGUCGCCAGUUUGGCUGUUCAGGGCGAAAUUGUCCUGAACAGCGCCACGCCAGUAUUGAAGAAUAUGUGUCAUCGUCUAUCCUUUCGCGUAUCGCUCG